AUGAUCAAUGGCGAAGUGUAUUUGAAAAUAUUCUAUCAUGAUGUAGAUAAAGGAGGAUUUUUUGAUAGCGUCGCUCAGGCUAAAUAUAACCUAGAUGAAAAUAGAUAUUCAAUUAUAUCUAAUAUCACAGAUGAAUUUAGAGAUUCUGAUGGAAAAUUUACAUUUCUGAUAUUAUAUCCAACUUUUGGAAGAUAUAAUAUUUGGCAGCAAUCAAACUUUCCUUUACAAGAACCUAAGUUUACAUCAUCCCGAGAAAAACUAUCCCCUGUAGAGGGAUUCAAUCCAAUCAAGACAUUCGCAAACCAUUCAGAAAUUAAUUGCACUUGGGGAGGACUUGUUCUCACAAAUUAUCCCUAUUACCUUCUCGAUGGAUGUCCAAAUGGCGUAAAUUGGAAUUUUGCAAUUGGAUAUACUGGCGCAAACACAGUUUUUCCUGAUAGUAUUCCUGCAGAUGUUGGAACUACCAAGAUCGUAAGCCUUUGGAUGAAAUCUAUGCAAGAUAAGGCAAUUUAUUUAGAUUCAUGUAAAUUAUUUAACUGCUUUAGAUUCAGUAUAUCGUAUCCCACUUUUAUUUUAUUAGUUGUUACAUAA